ACAAUAUGCUGCGCAAAGGAGUGUCUUUCGUCGGCCAGGCUGUUCAACAAACGCUGAAAACUCAGAAAAACUUGCGCAUUCAAAGAUUCAGCGCCACGGCAUCACAAUCAUCGGAAGAAGUCAAUUAUGAGAUUAGAAAAGACGGAAAGAGACUCAGAGGAGCCGACUAUGAAGAAAUUGUUCUUACUUCGAUUGCCGGCGAGGACAAGACACAGAUUCCAAAGGGUGCUUUUGAUGUUCUUCUCAAGGAAUACGACGAUUUGCAGGCCGAAAGCUUGGAUUUUAAGGAUAAAUAUCAAAGAUCGCUUGCUGAAACUGAAAAUGUUCGUCGGCGAGGUAUCAAGCAAACCGACGAUGCUAAGGUUUUUGCAAUCCAAUCAUUCUGCAAAGAUUUACUUGAGGUCUCCGAUAUUCUCGACAUUGCCGUCAAGUCUGUGAAGCCAGAAGAUCUGGAAUCGGGAGGAAAAGCUCUGAAAGAUCUUUUCGAAGGAGUUUCAAUGACCCGUACUGUCAUGGCAAAGACAUUCGCAAAGCAUGGCCUUGUGACCGUGGAUCCAACCAAUGAAAAGUUCGACCCCAAUCUCCACGAAGCCGUUUUCCAGAUUCCAUCUGCUAAUGCCAAACAACCUGUCGGACAUAUCGAAGUGUGUACAAAGAUCGGCUACAGCCUGAAAGAACGUCCAAUUCGGCCUGCUCAAGUUGGAGUCGUCUCUAAAUAAUUUUCUUUUAAUUUUCCUCUGGUUUUUUAAUGUUUUUCCGGUUUUUUGUAGUUUUUUUUUGAAUAGCUAGUAAUUUUUAUUGUUUUUCUGUUUUUUCCGUUAUUUCAUCACACUCCAAUCACUUUUUCCCGCCGUUUUAUAGGAUUCGAAUGAACAAUUUUUGAGU